AUGAUUGAUCGCUUUACCAGAUGGCCCGAAGCUGUUCCUCUUGUCGAUAUGACGACAACAACAGUGGCUCAAGCAUUGUAUUCAACAUGGAUAUCAAGGUUUGGUGUUCCCGAAAAUCUGACGACCGACCAGGGAAGACAAUUCGAAUCAGAUCUUUUCCGUGAACUGAAUCAAAUUCUUGGAGUUCAUCAUAUUCGCACGACGGCCUAUCACCCUCAAGCAAACGGCAUCGUAGAACGUUUUCAUCGAACAUUGAAAGCAUCGAUAAUGUGCGUCAAUUCGAAGAAUUGGUAUAACGAACUGCCAAUGAUUCUUUUGGGACUCCGAGUGGCAUUCAGAGAGGACCUGCAGUGUUCGGUUGCGGAUAUGGUCUAUGGUCAAGCUUUGCGGAUCCCAGGUGAAUUUUUUCAGUCUGCCACUGAAGAUAUCGACCGAUCGGAAUUCGCUAAACAGCUACAUCGUACGUUCGACAAUAUAAAACCGCAAAACGCAAAACAUCAUGGACAACGUCAAGUCUUCAUCAACGCAAAUUUAAAAACUUGUACGCAUGUAUUUGUUCGAGUGGACUCGGUGAAACGAUCGCUGCAGCAUCCCUAUGAAGGCCCGUACAAAGUGAUUCGGCGAGAUGACAAGUUCUUCGAUAUACUUAUUUCUGGGAAGCAGCAGCGUAUUUCUGUUGACCGAAUUAAAGCGGCAUUCACCUGCAACCCAGAUUUACAAACACAUCCUCCAGAUGAUCAUCAUACGAAAGUUACACCAUCUGGACAUCGCGUCAGAUUCUUGGUGUAA